GCAGGCGUUUUUGUCGGCUGAUCACGCAGCUCCGAUCUUCGGUGCUUCCUCGUCAGCGGCUGCGAAUCGAAGCGCCGCAGCGACUAGCAGUAAGCGAGUGCCUGGCGACGAGGAACGCGUGGUCAUCGGUGUACGCGGCAUGACCUGUGGUAACUGCGAACGGACUGUACGGAAUGCUUUGGAGGCUUUGAACUGUGUGAGACAGGUUCACAGUGUCUCCUAUGCGACGCAGCGCGUGGACUGUACGAUCGGCCACAUUGAGGAUAAGGGAGUAGUAGCCGAAGAAAUCGAGUCACUUGGGUUUUUGGUCAAGGACAAGAGAUGACUCAGACUCACACUACGGUCGCGAAGCAAGUUAUUUCGUGAACAACUCUAAACAAUCAGACUAAUAAACAGGCGCAACCUACUAUGUCUUCGUAUUCAGCAAGAACAGCCAGACUCGCUCGCGCAGAAGGGAAUUGAUUCUUACGCUUUUCUUUUUUUUGGUACGUAUAAAUACAUAGUGAUCAUGAUAAGCACGACAUCUUUCUGCAGCAAAAAGGACGAAGUUGGCUUUCAAUUCCAAUGGCCGCGAGCUCCAACGAAGUAUGAUCUAUGUAUUAAUAGAUAUAUUAUAAGUAAUGUUAGUGCCACUGCCAGGCAGUGGGGCGUGAAAAAGCGAACUCUUUUCAAGCAGGUAGGGUACGUUCUUUCAGGCUAUCCUGUUUGCUUAUCUGAGAAACAGGACUUCUCGGUCAGUGGAAAAUACUUGAAGGAAUGGCAAAGGCGCCUCAUCGUUUAUCGUGUAUAAUAGACUGUGCGCAUCGAUUUUCAAAUUGGCGACAACAUUAAGGUUUAGAAUAAUGCUUUACGAGAAAUGAGUGUGAGUGGUACAAAUAUAGCCAUUUCUAUGGUCGAGGUAAAGUGUCUUGAAACGUGCGGCAGUGUGUCUUCGCGCGACCUCUGUUCACGUCUAGUGGGUAUGCUUCGUGUAUUACUAGUUUGGGUGGUCCGUGAUGUCAAACUUCCUGGAUACGUGAAGAUCGGAUUAGUAAAAGUACUCAAGUAUUUUUGGACUGAUGGAACUGGGACUGGACGCCAACGUCAAGGAUGUACUUUUGCUUACGAUUAUGUGCUGAAGCAACUCGAUGAACGUCUAAGUGGUCUUAUAUUCCCCGGUUCUGACCGGACGAUUCGCAACCCCUUUAUAAUCUUCCUGUUUAAAGCAAGCGAGUUCUGUUAAAAGCCGAUGUGGAUACGUACCGUCGUCGUCUUAUUUUAGCGUGGUGAUAACGACGAUCACGAUAACAAGAAGCAGAGAAAAAGAACUGCGUAUGGC